AUGCUAUCACAUAAUACCAUGGUGAAGCAGAGGAAACAGCAAGCAUCAGCCAUCAUGAAGGAAAUCCAUGGAAAUGAUGUAGAUGGCAUGGACCUGGGCAAAAAAGUCAGCAUCCCCAGAGACAUCAUGUUGGAAGAAUUAUCCCAUCUCAGUAACCGUGGUGCCAGACUAUUUAAGAUGCGACAAAGAAGAUCUGACAAAUAUACAUUUGAAAAUUUCCAUUAUGAAUCUAAAGCACAAAUAAAUCACAAUAUUGCCAUGCAGAAUGAGAAAUUGGAUGGAAGCAACUUGGAAAGUGGUUCACAGCAAGCCCCAUUUACUCCUCCUAACACCCCGGAUCCACGAAGUCCCCCAAAUCCAGAAAACAUUGCACCAGGAUAUUCUGGACCACUGAAGGAAAUUCCUCCUGAAAGAUUCAACACCACAGCUGUCCCUAAGUACUACCAGUCACCCUGGGAACAGGCCAUUAGCAGUGAUCCGGAGCUUUUAGAGGCUUUAUACCCUAAACUUUUCAAGCCUGAAGGAAAGGCAGAACUGCCUGAUUACAGGAGCUUUAACAGAGUUGCCACCCCAUUUGGAGGUUUUGAAAGAGCAUCAAAAAUGGUUAAAUUUAAGGUUCCAGAUUUUGACCUAUUAUUUCUAACAGAUCCCAGGUUCAUGGCCUUUGCCAGUCCUCUUUCUGGAAGACGGUCCUUUAAUAGGACUCCUAAGGGAUGGAUAUCUGAGAAUAUUCCUAUAGUGGUAACAACUGAACCUACAGAGGAUACCACCAUACCAGAAUCAGAAGACCUAUGA